CGGCGAUACGAUUUAGUUGCGCGCGCGAAGUAUACGUUCGAAACGAAAAAGUUAAUUUUAUGCAAUACAGUGAAUAAAGUAAACGAGUAGAAAAUUAAAAUUCGCUUAGAAAUCUAAGCGCGCUUAAGCAGCGAUAGCGGAAAAAAUUGCGAAAAAAACGCACAUAAAACAAUAAUCAAAAGCAGAUUGUGCAAACAAAUUUAUAUUAAACAAUUACAACUAAUUAUAGCACGCGAGUGCGCCUAGAAGUUGUAAGAAAAACAGCAGUGCCGAAAAUUCAUUCAUAAAAUCAACGCUGAGCGCGGCGCUCUUUACGCACACCGCAAGCGCUCUCAGCAGCGCACACUCACGAGAGAACCAGAAAAAAAAAAACGCAAACAAGCAAACGCUCUCACCAACGAAUUCUCCACGCGCUCGGCACGACGAAGAUGCAGACCUCACAUCUGGUCACGCCAGCGGCGGCGGCGGCAGCAGCCUCGAAUACACACCACCAUCACCUAAACAAUAACAACAACAGCUACCAUUACAAUCCACUUUACCACAAUACAAACCACAACAACAACAAUAAUAAUCACCACACUAUAAGUUAUACACCACACGAGCAAAACAACAUAUACAACAACGUUCCACCAACUCACCAACACCACACUUCCGCCGCGGCCACCAAUACUACCACCACGAAUAACAACAAUAACCAUACACCAACAGCGUCGCAUAAGUAUGCGCCUGCACGUAGGCUAGCCGCACGCCAGACGCUGCGCUUGCAAAUACCCAAACAACAGGGUGACUCGUAUGGUGGCGCCUCUACAACGUAUUACAAGCAUUCACCUUCUCAGCUGCCGCCAGCGCCAAUACUGAAGCGUCAUCAAACACCUACACCAACAGCGGUCACACACCAACACCAUUCGGUAGGGAAUGCAUUUCCGAAAUCCGCUUCGCCGCUGGAGUCACAUAAGCUGCCGAAUGUGGUGUGCAACAGCGUCUCGCCUUCUUCGCAGUUGUCUUCCGGCUCCUCGCUGUACUACAAUGGCAGCAAUAGCGGUUUGUCCAUACAGACAGCCACCGCCACACCGACGAGCAGCGCAAAUAAGUUUCUCAACUUACGCAAACCGAGUAUCACCUUGAAUUCGGCGGAUGUGCGUAAUAAUAACGGUAAUAGUACUGGUAGUAUUGGUAGCUGUGGCAGCGAUCUAUUCAGCUUCGCUAAGGAAUUGUCGCCGUCGAUGGACAUGAGUGAUCAUUCACCAAUUUUCGCCGAAAUCGCCUCUUCAAUAUCACCUUCAACAAGUUCGGGUUGUUCACCCACACAUCAUAUCAAUCGGCUCUUCAGUUUAAGCCCAUCAACAAUGCGGAGUUAUGGCAAUAUGUCAGAUUUUUCGGAUAGUUCACACAGUGGCGUUUCCAGUCCGGCCUCGUCGUUAAUUGAAAAUUUCCACAAGAAAAAUGGCAGUACACCGACAACAACAAAUGUGGGUGCUGGUGUUGGUGGUGGUGGCGUCGUUACAGUAACUACAGUUACAACGCCCGCCAUUAAUGGCCUCACGGUGGGUAACUGCAAUGGCAGUAACGGUUUGAGCAGUGCAACAACAACGACCGUGGGGCGACACAUAAACACAAGUUCGAGUAGUAGUGUUAAGGAAACAUCAUCCACAUCGCAGCAUCAGGUCGUUAAUAGCAGUACAACAACGCGCGUUGAAAAGAAACGUCUACACCACAUAACAUCCUCAUCAUCUUCGUCAACGUCCUCCUCGUCCACAUCAUCGUCCGAAAUGAAGACGGCAGCACUGAAACGCGACUUGAGCGAAAUCAAAAAUUCCAUGUCCGAAAUCACCGAUCUGGUCGGUCGCAAUACGAACAAUGCGAGCAGCGGCGGUCUGGGCAGCAAUAAAAAUCUGGCGAUCUCAGCGUCAGCGCAUCAACCAUCCAUAAACGAUCUCACACAAAUCAAUGCGCUGAACAGCUCGGAUGCCAUCAACAAAUUGAAGAAGAAAAUCCGCUCAUCCAUUGAAAAUCUCGUCGACAGCGAUGCCGAACCGUUGGUGACAUUUCCCGACACCGACGAUGAUCAUCAUAAUUUAGCCGAUUUGGUGAGCGCUUCGAAUGGCAAAUUGACCGCCAAUGGACUGAAUGGGUCGGGUAAAAUCGUCGACACCGUUAAAUUCGAAGAGAAACGCACCAAGACCGAAUCGAAGACGAAAGUCGUAGCCGAUGGUUUCAGUACGGAGCAGGCAACUAGUAAUUUGGCCGAAAUGAAACGGCUACAAACGGGUGAUAUCGACUAUCAGGAGGCUAAGGCGGCAGCAGCUAUGCGAAAUCGCACCGAAAUGGAUGGUGUGAAAACCGAGGAGAAUGCCGCCGUUAUACAGGAAGCCCUCUCGCUACGCACUGGCGAUAUAACUCAACAGGCUAGCAACAAUGUGGCCGCCGCCAGUAUUAAAGUGCAAAGUGACACCUUCUCCGCGGACAAGAAAGCCAUCUCACAAUCCCAACAAUCACAGACGAUGACCUCGAACGGCAUCAUUAGUCAGGAGAAGCAUAUGUCGUCCGCCUCGCAAGCCAAUUACACAAUGACCCACAAGGGUGUCUCCAGUUCGGGCAGCAGCAUGAUCUCGUCCUCCUCACAAAUGUCCGCCACCAAUGGCGCGCUCAUCAAGUUGCACGACCUGAAGUUAGACGAUCUGAAGGCGCUGACAUCCGGCAGCGGACAGCGUGAGAUCGAACAAGCCAUCGCUAAAUAUUCCCACGUAUUGACUUCAUUCGUAAACACAUUGGAGGACUCGAAAGCGGCGCAGGAGAAAUCGAUGUAUUUGGAGAAAAUUAAUGAGGUUAUGCAGCGCGCUUGGGCUGUGCCCACACACGGUCAUGAGCUCGGCUAUAGUUUGUGCAACUCACUGCGCAAUAGUGGUGGUUUAGAUUUGCUCAUGAAGAAUUGUGUGCAGGGUGACAUGAAAAUCAAGUUCUCGUCGGCCAAAUUAUUGGAGCAAUGUCUAACCACAGAGAAUCGUACACAUGUCGUGGACAAUGGUCUCGACAGAGUGGUGAAUGUGGCCUGUAUGUGCACAAAGGAACCGAACACAGAGCACUCGCGUGUGGGUACCGGCAUACUGGAGCAUCUAUUCAAACACUCGGAGGGUACGUGCUCGGAUGUCAUUAAAUUGGGUGGUCUCGAUGCUGUGCUCUUCGAAUGUCGUACAAAUGAUGUGGAGACUUUACGUCAUUGCGCUAGUGCCUUAGCCAAUCUGUCACUGUAUGGUGGUGCUGAAAAUCAAGAAGCUAUGAUCUUUCGCAAAGUACCCAUGUGGCUAUUCCCGCUGGCUUUCCAUGACGAUGACAAUAUCAAAUACUACGCCUGUCUUGCAAUUGCCGUAUUAGUGGCGAACAAAGAGAUCGAAGCUGAAGUGUUGAAAUCAGGUUGCCUCGAUUUGGUGGAACCCUUCGUCACCACACAUGAUCCCUCCGAAUUCGCGCGCUCCAAUUUAGCGCAUGCCCAUGGACAAAGCAAACAUUGGUUGGAACGUUUAGUGCCAGUGUUGAGUUCGAAUCGUGAGGAGGCACGCAAUCUCGCGGCCUUCCAUUUCUGCAUGGAGGCGGGAAUUAAACGUGAACAGGGCAAUACCGAAAUCUUUCGCGAUAUUGGCGCGAUCGAAGCACUCAAGACUGUAGCGAGUUGCCCGAAUGCGAUCGCAUCUAAAUUCGCCGCGCAAGCGUUACGUCUCAUCGGCGAAACCGUGCCACACAAACUCUCACAACAAGUACCGUUGUGGUCGGUCGAAGACGUACAAGAAUGGGUGAAACAAAUAAAUUUCGGUCAAUUUGUGAAACAAUUCGAGGAGUCACAAGUUGAUGGUGAUCUCCUGCUGAAGUUGAAUGAGGAAAAUCUGCGCGAUGAUAUUGGCAUCUCGAAUGGCAUACUGCUGAAGCGUUUCGAACGCGAGCUGCAAAUUCUCAAACGUAUGGCCGACUACUCAUCGAAGGAUGCGCCGAAGAUGCAUCAAUUCUUGGCCGAAAUCGGUUCGGAAUACUGCACCUACACAUAUGCAAUGCUGAAUGCUGGCAUCGAUCGCAAUUCGUUGCCACAGCUGAAUGAGGAUAUGCUCAUAGCGGAGUGUGGCAUCAAGAACUCCAUACAUCGACUGCGCAUACUGAACGCUGUAAAAAACCUGGAAAACUCAUUACCCAGCUCGUCAGAGGAGAAUAUGGCGAAGACGUUGGAUGUCUUUGUCAGCUAUCGGCGUUCGAAUGGCUCGCAGUUGGCCAGUUUAUUGAAGGUUCACUUGCAGUUGCGCGGUUUCUCGGUGUUCAUUGAUGUUGAGCGCUUGGAAGCGGGCAAAUUCGAUAAUGGACUGCUAAACAGUAUUCGUCAGGCGAAAAAUUUCGUUUUAGUAUUAACACCAAAUGCGUUGCAACGCUGCGUGGAUGACGACGAUGGCAAAGAUUGGGUGCAUCGCGAAAUCGUCGCCGCGUUGAAAGCAAAUUGUAAUAUUAUUCCUAUAAUUGAUCAACAAUUUAUGUGGCCAGAGACCGAUCGUUUGCCAGAAGAUAUGCGCAGUGUUUGCCAUUUCAACGGUGUCACGUGGAUACAUGAUUACCAGGACGCCUGCAUCGAUAAACUAGAGAGAUUCAUGCGUGGGGAGAAGAAUUUGGACCGCCUUGUGGGCAUACCCAGCACACCGGGCUCGGCGACCUACCAAAGAAUGCACAGCAAUGAAUCCGACUAUCAGCAGAGUGUGGGCGGCGGCAGCGUCGGUGGCGGUGGCAGUGGCGUUGUAUGUUGCAGCGGUGCCGGUGGUGCGGCGAAUAGCAGCGGACAAGCUAAUCACCAGGCAAAUAGAUACCGGCAAUCUCCCUCACCGGCCAGACAACGGAUCGGCGGCAGCUGUGGACCACUCGGCAGCAACGGUCAACUGAGCAUGUUCGGGCGUGGUUCGAAGCGCAACUUAAUGACACCGUACCGCACCCAACAGACGAUCGCACAGCCGAAAGCGCUGCUCAUGGGCGGCUCUAUGCAAAAUAUGUCGCCGGCCGGCUAUCGGCCGCCACGACGUAGUUCGGCCAGCGGUAUUAACAAUGGCAAUAGCAAUGCCGCGGCGACAGGUGGUGCAUCUAACUAUCGCAGUCAUAGCGUCAAUGAGCUGCUGGACACCACCGACGGUUUGGGCUCCAACGAUCGCAUUGCCGAUAUGGCAGCACGCGUUACAGCCGGCAGCACAGCGUUGACCAACGCCAGUUCGACAAGCACACUACAGCCGGGUAACGAUUACUCGUCGUCAGUCGGUUCGUUAUCCGAGUUUCCCGGUGACGCGCCGGUCGCCAGACGUGAGAAGAGCGCAAAUAUACCACCGAAUGCGCAACAUCGUAAAUCGCGUUCGCUGGAUCAUUUUCUCGAUGAGAAAACGUUGGCGUUGGUCGUGGCGAAACCACAGCCGGCGCCCAUGGAAGGUACACAGAGUAUGCAGAAUCUUGCCACACCCCCAACGCCCGAUCUCAAUCGUGGCACACGCACACAACCGUUGGCGCAACGCGCGGGCGAUAGCGUGUCCUCCUCCAGCGCGGCCACCACGCCCGAACCCGCCGAUGUUGGCCUACGUAAACCGCAUGGCGGCAUGCUGCCGGUGACGCGUCGCAGUCCGGAGGGUGUCAGCUCGACGGAGGAUACACAAUCGUUGCGCAGCAGCAAUACAUCGUGCGGCAGCAUGUUUAGAUCGCAGGUUCGCGCGUCGGCGCAUACGCAUCGCGGUAGUCAGAAUAGUGGCAAAACGUCGACGUCAUCGCUGAGUAGCAAUGCGGCAGGAAAUACGCACAACAACAACAACAACAACAACAAUGCAAACAAUAAAACCAUUCUGAAUCGAACAAUAAAAAAAGUUCGUUCGCUGAUGAAAAAUAACGACUUAGAUGACGACGAAAUACGUGAUUUAAUAUUAGCAAAAACAACAACACCUUCCUCCAGCAGAAUUAUAAUUUGGUAGUAUAUGAAAUACGACCGAUGCAUAUAAAAGCAGUUGACCGAGUAUUUGAAUUUUGGAAUAGACGUUUCCAAAUUAUUUUUGAGCAGCGUCGUGGAGCAUGCGGCUUUUGUUACUUUUGUCUCGCAUACAAAAGUAAUUUCGAAGUACUCAAGCUCCUCAAGUGCAUAGCUUUAAAUAGCUCAACGAGAGUUACGCCUCAUAGCGCGAGUAAGCAGGAUAAGAGUUAGCUGUACAUUUAACAAAAUUAUGUCUAACGAAAACACCCUAAUCUAAUUUACUAACGAAAAUUGUUUACACUAUUUUAAAAUUGUAAUUGUUAAGAAUUUUCGUACAACGCUUUGUAGAAAAGGAAAUUUAUAAAUUCAAUUUUACAAAGCACACAACGAAUCGAAAUAAAUGUUGGAAGUAUUAUACUUAUAUGUA